AUUACAUAUCAAUCAACCCUAAGAAGAAAAAAAAAACUUUAUCCUAUGAAUCUUACUAAGUAGAUCUCUAAUCUCUUUCCUACUAUUUAUAUAGACUCCUUUGUAGCCUAUUUCUAACUUUUUCAUCUCUCUCAAGUGAAACAUAGAGAUAGUAGCUAAAGAUAAGAUAAUUGUGUUGUAACUCUAAACAUACACAUACUCUAGAGAGAGAGAGAGAGAGAGAGAGAGAGAGAGAGAGAGAGAGAGAGAGGGGUUUGAUCGGAGAAAAGAAAUGGCGGGAGGAAUAAUAGGGAUGGGAGACACGACGUACACGAAGGUGUUUGUGGGAGGAUUAGCUUGGGAGACGCACAAGGAGACGAUGAAGAAGCACUUUGAGCAGUUUGGAGAUAUUUUUGAAGCCGUAGUCAUCACCGACAAGGCCUCCGGCAGAUCCAAGGGCUACGGAUUCGUGACAUUCAAGGAGGCAGAGGCGGCGAGGAGGGCUUGUGUGGACGCUACUCCGAUGAUCGACGGCAGAAGAGCAAAUUGCAACCUUGCCUCUCUCGGUCUUCAAAGAUCCAAACCCUCCACUCCUAAUCAUGGAUCGAUGAAUGUGUUAGGAGGAGGAGGAGGAAGAAUUAACAAUAUGAGAGUGAUGAUGAGUACAAUGCAGACUGGUUUUGGACCACCUCAUCCACCACCCACUUUCCCUCACUAUCCCCACCUCCCUCUCAAUCUCUUCGGGUACGCUCCAUACUCGUCAGAUUACUCUCCAUUCCCUACGAGCUUAUACGGCGUGUACGGCUGCAAUUCAGGGCCAGCAGGGCAAUACGGAGUAUAUGGAAAUGGAAACGGUGGAGGCGGUGGACUAACCGCAGCAGCCGCAUCCGCCGCUCCUUUUUAUCCUUGCGGUGGUGGUGGUGGAGUCCAAUUCUCUCAACCACAACCAUUUUAUCAUCAUCACUUCUCUUCUUAUAACAACCCUCACCAUUACUCUCCUCCUACCAUUUCUCUUCAACAAGUAUGUUUUGCUUUGUCACAGGCGUAACCGGCUUUCCACUUCAAGCACCUCUCAUUCCUUACCGUUGAAAAGAAGCUUAGAGUCUUUGGUAGCUAUCAAGUUUCACAUCAUCAUCAUCAUCAUCUUUCCUUUCUUCUACUCAAGUCCAGAGUCAUCUAUGGUUAAUUGGAGGCUCUCUGGCUAUCUCAACACUUUUUUUUUUCACUCCCUCUGUUCUAAAAGCCACCCCAUGUUAUGGAAUUUGAGGUGGCUUUUAUUUGCAGAUCCCCCUCCCCAAUGGGAUCUUCAAUAUCAGAUGGUGAUCAUGUCGUAUUGUCAUCUCUCACCUUCUUGCAAUUGCAUCUUCUCGAGAGAUAAUGGUUCUCUCUUGAGAGAUAGUGAUAUUGCUAAUGGAGCAGGAUCAUCAAUCACUCAUCAUGUGCCAAACUUAAAGCUGAUGCCUGUAUCGGCUUAUAUUUGUUAUCUUGUUUAGCCUAGGGAUGGCUAAUCAACAAGACAAACAAAAAUGUCUGUUAGGAUUAAUGUAAAAAGAAAAAUGAAGCACCCAAAACCAUGUGCUGUUUUAAUGACUGGAAAAAUGUUUAAGCAAAAUAUCAGCAUAACAACCCUGCCAGCCUUUUUGUUGCA